GUGUUUUGGACUAUAAAGCUAGUGAGGACCCAGUGACCCUCAGCCCUACGUGACCAGCUACAAUCAAUCAGAGACCAUCAGCAAGCGGGUUACCGUUCCAUCAUGGCCCUGUGGAUGCGCCUCCUGCCCCUGCUGGCCUUCCUCAUCCUCUGGGAGCCCAGCCCUGCCCACGCUUUUGUCAACCAGCACCUUUGUGGUUCCCACCUAGUGGAGGCUCUCUACCUGGUGUGUGGGGAACGUGGCUUCUUCUACACACCCAAGUUCCGCCGUGGCGUGGACGACCCACAAAUGCCACAACUGGAGCUGGGUGGCAGCCCAGGAGCAGGGGAUCUUCAGGCCUUGGCCCUGGAGGUGGCCCGGCAGAAGCGCGGCAUUGUGGAACAGUGCUGCACGGGUAUCUGCUCCCUCUACCAGCUGGAGAACUACUGCAACUAGGAUCCACCACCACCCCGCCCACCCUCUGCAAUGAAUAAAACCUUUGAAGGAGCA